AUGAGCGACCCGAAGGAGGUGCCUAGGGAGAAGACGCCGAAGAAGCAGAAGACGUCGAAUAAUGCGGCGUCGACAGCUGCUGCUUCAGGAUCAGCGACGACCGAUGAGGAAGUGUAUGACAUGCACGCCAUGGCCAAGGACACACAGGAGCCUGAAGAUGUCGCCGUGCUCAAGUGGAUCUUGGGGUCAAUGGGAGUGGACAAGUACGAGCCUCGCGUGAUCCCGCAAUUGCUCGAGUUUGUGCAUCGGUAUACGUCUGAAAUCCUCGUGGAUGCGCAGGAGUACUCGACGUUCGCCAAUAAGCCUGCCAUCGAUGCCGACGACAUUCGUCUCGCGGCCGCGUCGCGACUCAAACACACAUACGCCCAAAUUCCAUCCCGCGAGUUGAUGAUGGAACUCGCGGAGAAGCGCAACGCGUUGCCUUUGCCACCCAUUCCGAGCGAAUACGGCGUCCGCCUUCCGCCCGUGGAGCAUCAACUCACAGCCGAGAACAUUCGGUUGUAUCCCAAUCACCACGUCCGUCUCCCUCUAUAUUGUUGCAUAUCCCCCUCACUUUGCAUUAGCCAUCGCAGCUUCAACCUCCGACAGCAACGACUGUGCCGUUGCCCCUUCAUGGCGCGUACUCUGGCAUGUCGUUACAUCCUCCGACCUCUGCCAAAGGCACCCGCAACAUCAAAAUCUCGUCCACCCCCAUUCAGAUCAACCUCGCGACGACCUCAACCUACUAGUUUGUUUGGCCAACAUAAGACAAACAUACUAGUCGUUUCUACUGUUUUAGUUGCCUUUUACUCGAUGAUACUACAAUGCAUUCCAUUCCAGUAGAAC